AUGUUUUCGACCGAUGAGGAACGUAAUACGCGGUAUGAGGAUAGUGGACGGGAAACGCGAAUUGGUCGUUAUUACGAGAAGGGUAUUAUACCGGCGUGCGGUGCUGGUGUACGCAGGACCGGUUUACGCGGAUCCGUUUAUAGCGAACGCAUGGCGCUAUGUUGGUGGACCACUAUCAUAAUUAGGUCAUAUUGGAUAAUAGCGCUGCACCUGGGCUAUUCCUUUUGGUCAGCCUAUGUUCCUUGCGGUGCCGCUCAGUUAAAUGCAGUUCAACUCUCAUUGGAACAGAUUGACGUAAUUCGUCGACUCGCCGAAAUGAAUGCUCAACACUUAACCCUGGUUACCUCCGUCAAAGGUCUCAUCGAGGCGCACAGAGAAGGCAAGAUCGCAAGUCUAAUCGGAGUAGAAGGUGGCCAUUCCUUGGGGAAUUCCUUGGGUGUUCUCAGGACGUUUUACGGUCUGGGAGCGCGAUAUCUUACUCUGACACAUGCGUGUGACACCUCCUGGGCAGUCUGUUCUGUUGGCGAGACGAACAACACUCAGGACUCCACGCCGGGCCUCAGCGAAUUUGGGAAAGCAGUUGUCAGGGAAUUGAACAGGCUGGGCAUGUUGGUCGAUCUCUCGCAUGUCUCGACAAGAACGAUGAGGGCGGCCCUGCAGACGACGAGGGCGCCGGUGAUCUUCUCGCACAGCGCUGCCAGGGCGCUGUGUAAUUCCACCAGAAACGUGCCGGACGACGUGCUCAGAAAUCUGGCUAAGAAUGGCGGAGUGGCGAUGGUCCCUUUUUAUACCUACUUCAUAACAUGCAACAGCACCGCUACUAUAAAAGACGUUAUUGCACACAUCAAUCAUAUUCGAAAGGUGGCGGGAAUCGAUCAUGUUGGAAUCGGAGCGGGUUUCGACGGGAUAAAUUUUACUCCCACGGGUUUAGAGGAUGUCUCGAGGUAUCCGCAACUAUUGGCCACCUUGUUAGAGGAUCCUACAUGGACGGAGGAUGACAUCAAGAAACUAGCCGGCCUCAACUUACUGAGGGUAUUCGCAAAAGUCGAACAGGUUCGUGACGAGUGGCACAGAGCAGCCGUGUUACCUGUGGAGAAGAUCAGUCCACCAGACAACUCGGCCUGCGUUUACGGCGCGUCCUGAUCCUCUUUAAGAACAAUUGUGCCGGGAUUUCUCGACUUUGCACGAUCGCCGAAGAUCCUAAGGAUGCCGCGGUAUUACUGGAGCCUGUAAGGACGCGUGUCCCGAAUCGCCAAAGGAUUCGUACCGUAAGAAAGCUUCACGGAUAUCUCUAAUGGAAACGACCGACCAAUCUACACCGAAAGAACUGCCGACUUCUACUUCAGGGACUCCGUCGCGCCUUAACGAGAAACAAAGAUUCAGCGCGGGAAUGCGACCGGUCUUUCAAAAUUAAUGGCGUCGAGGAUCCUUCGGAGACACUUUUGAGACGUGGCAAGCCCGUUCACCUGCGACUCCGUUUGAAAGAUCUCAAGCGCCGUUAACGACAGUAAAUUGCAAUCGUAUUUGAGAAAUAAUUAUCCUCCUCUUACAAGCACCAUUUAUUUUUGCGAUAUCUGAUGAAUUAAUAAUCUCAUAAUGUUAAAGAAAGAUUAAUGACUGUUUUUAACUUAGUACUUCUUCCACGCUUGUAAAUUAUUGGAUAUAAUUUUGCGAUCAUUUGUUAGGCAUUUCCGUCCAGACUUCAAACUUGGCUUAAUAACACUUAUUUAUUUAUUUCGCAAUUUGCAUCACUCGCACGUUAAAGUGCAUAUUUUACGUACGCCAUACCAUAUAUUUUACCUUUAAAUGAAUAAUAAUAAACACAGAAAACUUGAAAGUUUAAAAGUUUGCAUCUCGCUUCAUAAACUGCAAUUUUUAACUCAUCUAGAUAAAUUCGCAAAAAUAUUUGUUAUACACGUAGCUUAUUUUAAUUAUUUUGUUAAUCGCAAAAACGAUCGAGAGAAUUCGAAAAAAUUGUGUCAAAAGAAACGGGAGGUCAUAUUCUCAACGUACAUUUAGCAUCAACUAUGGUCGGCUGAUUCUCAUAUCAUGUGUGUCUUCAGUACAUGCAAAUACGAUCUGUUAAAUUAAUGAACUUCAGAACUAGGCAGCCAUAUUUAGUAUUAAAUGUGCAAGAAUAUGGACAAAUUGCAUGUGACAAUUGUACGUGAUUAAUCUUGUAAGAUUUCUCGCGUUUAAAAAAAAAGCCGAAAUAGUUCGAAUGGAGUACACAAAUAUCAUCUCAGGCGUGGCAUUUAUAUCGUUCUUUAUAGGUACUAUGACCAGAGAUCUGGAACGAUCAUAAAUGGCAUCACUGUCAUACACCAAAGAGAUAAGCCGUACUUUUUAUAAUUUUUAAAUAAAUUAAUAAUACUAUA